AUGGCGCCGUCGACGACGCCAGUCCCCAAACACCUAAACUUCAUCACAGGGAACAAGAAUAAGCUCGCCGAGGUACAAGCCAUACUAGACGGAGUCAUUGAGCUAAGGAGCCAGAACGUGGAUCUGGUUGAGAUACAGGGGACGGUGGAGCAGGUUACGACGGACAAGUGCCGACGGGCUGCAGAAGCUAUCAAUGGCCCCGUACUCGUGGAGGACACAUGCCUCUGCUUCAAGGCUAUGAAUGACCUCCCUGGACCAUACAUGCAAUGGUUCAUGCUGGCACUCGGCCCGCAAAACCUCCACAAGAUGCUCGACAGCUUCGAGGACAAAUCCGCCCAAGCAGUAUGCACAUUUGCGUACUGCGAGGGCCCAGGACACGAGCCCGUGCUCUUCCAAGGAAGGACGGAUGGAAAGCUCGUCGCUAGCAGAGGUCCUACUGUGUUCGGCUGGGACUCAUGCUUUGAGUACGAAGGACAGACAUACGCAGAAAUGGAAAAGAGCGAGAAGAACAAGAUCUCGCACCGAGGCAAGGCGCUAGACAAGCUGAAAGAGUGGCUGGCAAGCCAUGUCGAAGCAUAA